AUGGCUGAGCUUAACAAUAUGGAUUUGUCCACCAAUGUUCAAUGGACUAAGGCCACGUUUGCUGAUGUGGUAGGUAAAGGAGUGGAUACGGUUAAGGAUUUUAAUGACCUUGUUUUCCCCCAGAGCUACCAUGAGGCGGCUGGCUCUUUUAUUAAACCUCUGAGUAGGAAAAAUGGGAAGGUGGCUAUGGCUUAUAAUGAUUCAGAGAUACAAAAACUGAUUGAGAUGGGACACCAAGCCAUGGAAGCCAUUAGAAAAUUCUUUGAUGGCAUUAAACUCAAAGGUGCUUGGAGGGUGGGUCUCAUUGAUGGCAGGCACAUUUUACAGAUUGAUGGUAUUACUAUGAAGAUCUUAAAAUGGUCCACUGCGUUUGACCCAAGCAAGGAGCUGCCUGUAGUUCCUAUUCGGUUUAAACUUCCUGGGUUGAAGCUUCAUUUCUUUAAUCAUAACGUUCUGUUCAAUAUUCGUCAAGCUCUCGGGAAACCUUUGAAGUUGGAUGUCCCUACUUACAACCUUUCUAGACCUUCAGUAGCCAAAAUUUUAGUAGAAAGGGAUAUCACCCUUCCUAUUGUGGAGGAAAUAUGGUUGGGGACUGAGCACAAUGGCUAUUGGCAAAGGAUUGUUGCUGAACAGAAGCCAUACUACUUUUUCCAUUGUAGCAUGUUUGGGCACACUGAUAACAGAUGCUACAAAAGACAUCAGCCAUCCCCAUCUCAGAAGAACUCAGAAGAACUGCUGGGGGGACCUCUUCUAAGGAGGCUGAUCAAUUACCUGUUGAUGUGGGGCUGUUGA